GUGAGAGUGACAGUUGAGUGAAGAACAAGAAAUGAUGUUCAGUGACCGCGAAUGUCGAGUAGGCAAGGGUAGCCGACGGGACCGGCGCUGUAGACAGUCAGUGUAGAGAAAGACGUUAAAGAAUGAUAGUCGUAGUCGUAUAAUAAUAAGGAAAUUUGUAAUAAGUCUAAAAUAAAAUAUCAAAAACGUAAAUCAUCGUUUAAUUGAAGUCAAGCUGUGGUUAAACAUCACAUGGUGUCAGGUGUGAAAACGAAUUUCAGAAGAAAUUAAGAAAAGGAAGCAUAUACUAAAAAUGGCCACGCCGUCGUCUCCGUCCACGCCAACACAUAUCCAAAGUAAUCCGAUGUAUGGUUCAAGUUUACCAACAUUAAAUUUCUCAUCAACGAAUCUCGACAAUGAAUGGAAAAAAUGGAAACUGCAUUUUUCAAUUUUUCUGAAGGCAUCAGCACUGGACGAAACAGAAGAAAGCAGGUUCUCAUUCAUCAAGGAAAGACUUCUGGAAUUGGGGGACGUGAAAUUGGAAAAAACAAUUGAAACAGCUCAGAACCUAGAAACAAGUCGACAACAUCUUCAAGAGCUGGAAUCGCAGAGUGUUGUACUACAAGUCAAGUCGCAGCCCAAGAAAACCAACGACAGAAGAGGAAAGAAUUAUGGUCGACCAGGUAGCAGGGUUUCAGAUCAGCAAAGGAACAAAUGUCCAAGAUGUGGUCAGGUACAUCAUCACAAAUGUCCAGCAACAGGUCAAAUUUGCAAAAAGUGUGGUAAACCCAAUCAUUAUGCCAUCAUGUGCAGAUCGGCUCCACAAAGCAAUGGAGGUAACUAUGUAUCAAGGCAUAAUAAUAUAAAGAAUAUUGAAUAUUUGGAAAAUUUGGGAGAAAAUUCUCUUUUUGUUGGUAAAAUUACAAGUAAUCAAAAUGUCAAUUCAUGGGACAUCGUGAUUUUGGUCAAUAAUUGUAAUUUAAAUUGUCAGAUAGAUACUGGUUCCCAAGUUAAUAUCAUGUCUAAAAAUACUUUAAAUUUUCUAAAAUUACCUUUAUCCAGAAUUCAACAGUCGAGUGCACAAUUAAUGUCAUAUUGUGGAAACAAAAUACCAGUCUUAGGAAAAAUCUCUAUUAGUUGUAAAAUACCGUUAGACAAAACAUAUGAAAUUGAUUUUCUAGUAACUGAAUUAAAUCAGAAAACUAUAUUAGGUCUCAAAACGAGUGAAGAAUUAGGUUUAAUAAAGAAACUAUUUACCACUAACGAUAACACUUUGUCAAAUAAUUUUGAUCAGAAUAUUUUAGUCAAAUAUAAUGAAGUCUUUGAAGGAAUUGGCUUAUUACCAGGCGAACACAAAAUAAAUAUUGAACAAAAUGUUGAGGGACACGUAGAUCCACCAAGAAAAAUACCUUUUAAAUUAAAAGAAAGAUUUAAGGCAGAGCUUGAUUUUAUGGUUAGAAAUGGAAUCAUUGAAAAGGUAGAAGAACCUUGCAAGUUUGUCAGUUCAUUAGUUUGUGUAGAGAAACCAAAUAAAAAUUUAAGAAUUUGUCUAGAUCCCAGAUAUAUAAAUAAACAUAUUAUUAGACCCAAGCGUAACAUACCCACAUUAGAAUCAUUGACAUCUGAACUAAGUGGCUCUAAAUAUUUUUCUGUAUUUGAUGCAAGCAAUGGAUUUUGGUCGUUAAAGUUAGAUAAGGAAAGUUCAAAAUUAACAGCUUUCAAUACUGAGUUCGGAAUAUAUCGCUUUCUAAGAAUGCCAUAUGGAAUUACAACAGCAUCAGAAGAAUUCCAACAUGCUCUUCAGAAUUUAUUACUAGACAUCCCUAAUUUGGUCGUUUACAUUGAUGAUAUUUUAAUACAUGCUGAAACCAAGGAAGAACAUGAUAGAAUUGUAAUGAUGUUUUUAGAAAGGGUUAAAACUAUUGGUCUUAAACUAAAUAAAGACAAAACACAAUUUUGUCAAAAAUCGGUCAAAUUCAUGGGUCAAAUAAUAAGUACACAAGGGUUACGUCCGCAAGAAUCAAAAGUAAAAGCGAUAGAAGAUAUGUGUCCACCAACAAAUGUGAAGGAACUUCAGAGAUUUUUAGGUUUUGUAAAUUAUUUAGGUCAGUACAUCAAAAAUCUCAGUCAAAAAACAACCAAUUUAAGAUUGUUAUUAAAGAAAAACGUACCAUGGCAUUGGAAUCCAAAUCAUCAAAAUGAAUUUGAAAAUUUAAAACAAAUAAUUAGUUCGGAACCUGUCUUAACUUUUUAUGAUGUCAAUAAAGAAUUAACACUAUCGGUAGAUGCUUCACAAGACUCAAUGGGAGCAGUUAUUUUACAUAAUAAACAACCUAUUGCCUAUGCGUCUAAAAGUAUGAAUGAAUCCCAAAAAAGAUAUAGUCAAAUAGAAAAAGAGCUUCUAGCCAUUGUUUUUGGUUGUGUGAAGUUUCAUAGAUAUAUUUAUGGACAAAAAGUAAAAGUAGAAACGGAUCACAAACCAUUAGUUGCCAUAUUUAACAAAAACUUAUCAGACAUACCGCAAAGACUUCAACGAAUGAUGCUCAAAAUUCAACAAUAUGAUUUGAUUGUAAAUCAUGUACCGGGAAAAGAAAUGUAUUUAGCAGACACAUUAAGUCGAGCUAAAUUUGAAAAAGACCAAAGUCACGAUGAAACUGAUAAAAUUCUAUCUAGUCUGAAUGAUGAGUUAAGAAUUCAUGCCAAUUUUCUUGUAAAUUCUCUUAAUGCUAGUGAAAAUAAAUUAAAUGAAAUAAGGGCAGAAACACAAAAAGACUUUACACUAACUAAGAUUAUAAGUUAUAUAAAAAAUGGAUGGCCUAGUAGAAAAUCCAAUGUAUCAGAUGAUGUUAAACAAUAUUAUAAUUAUAAAGAUCAAUUACAUGUUAUUGAUGGUAUUGUAUUCAAAUUGAAUAGCAUUGUAAUACCUCAGUCAAUGCGUAACGAAAUGCUUAGACAUAUGCAUGAAGGUCAUUUAGGCAUAGUCAAUACUAAAAAUUUUGUUAGAGGUAUUAUAUUUUGGCCAUGCAUGAAUAGUGAAAUUGAGAAUUAUAUACAGAAUUGCCAAAGUUGUCUUAAAUUUAGAAAAAAUAAUACUGCCCAACCUCUAAUGCCACAUGAAAUACCAGACAUUCCAUGGCAAAAGGUAGGAGCUGAUAUUUUUCAGUUUGAAUCGAAAUACUAUAUUAUUAUUGUAGAUUAUUAUUCAGAAUAUUUUGAAAUUGCUCCAAUUAAUUCAUUCAAUAGUCAAACUGUUAUAACUCAAUUUAAAAGCAUUUUUUGUCGUCAUGGAAUUCCAAUUCAACUAAUAUCAGACAAUGGCCCACCAUUUAAUUCAAUAGAAUUUAAAAGAUUUUGUGAAAAAUGGAAUAUUAAACAUGUUACGUCUAGUCCACAUUACCCUAAGAGUAAUGGACUUGCUGAAAGAACUAUAGGCACAGUUAAAAAUAUUUUCAGAAAAUGUAAGGACUCAGGCUCUGAUGUAUAUUUGGGUUUAUUAAAUUUUAGAAACACCCCGAAAGCUGAUGGCAUUGCCUCACCAGCAAAACUUUUAAUGUCAAGAAAUCUUCGUUGUCUAAUACCCAGUUCUACAUCGAGCUUGAGACCAUCAGUAGUACCAUAUGCUGGAGAAAGACAAAAAAUAGUAAAUAGACAAGAGAGAGUGAAACACUAUCAUGAUAGAAAAGCAAAGUACCUACCCAAAGUAGAAGUUGGAGAAAAUAUUCUAUUCAAACAUAAUCCCAAGUCUAAUUGGAUACCUGCUAUAGUUGUCCAAGAAAUAAUUCCUGGACGUAGUUUCAAAAUUAAAACACCAGAAGGUGUACUUUUUCAAAGAAAUAGGGAACAUUUGCUGAAGCGAAAUAAUUAUACUCCCAAUAGUGUUCCACCCUCACCUAAUUCAAUUCAUAAUCAGUCAGAUAAUUUGUACAAUAGACCACGUAGAAAUAUUAAUAGACCGAAAAAAUUUAAGGAUUAUGUAAACUAUUAAAAGGGGAGAUGUGAGAGUGACAGUUGAGUGAAGAACAAGAAAUGAUGUUCAGUGACCGCGAAUGUCGAGUAGGCAAGGGUAGCCGACGGGACCGGCGCUGUAGACAGUCAGUGUAGAGAAAGACGUUAAAGAAUGAUAGUCGUAGUCGUAUAAUAAUAAGGAAAUUUGUAAUAAGUCUAAAAUAAAAUAUCAAAAACGUAAAUCAUCGUUUAAUUGAAG